ACAAGCGAAAGAAAAACUGAGGCUAGUACAGGUGAAUUUAAAGGAGGGUGAACAGAAAACCACAGCAGGAGGAGAACAUCAAGUGAAGUCAUGGCACGUCAUCAGCAAAGCUGCUGCUUUCUCAUCAUUCUGUGCGUGAGAGGUGUUCUGGGUGGUGAUUGGUCAGUUGUUCUCCCCUCUAGUCCCAUUUGUGCUGCGGUUGGUUCUACAGUAAUCUUCCCCUGUUCCUAUGACUACCCACUUAACUCUGAUGAAGUCCAGACAGAUGGGCGGCUCUCCGCACAGACAGGAAGCAGUGAAAAGAAAGUUUUGUCUAAGAUGUGGUGUCUCGGAGACAGUCGCUGCUUAACGAAAAGCUAUGUGUUCCACAGUGAAGGUAUUUUACAGGAUCCAUCUUAUCAGAACCGGGUGAAGUACCUGGGACAACCAGGAAGCAAGAACUGCUCUCUGAGGAUUUCUAAUCUCAAAGAGUCAGACAGUGGAACAUACGUGUUUUACCUCAUCACCAACCAUAAGACGCAGAAGAUGCCUCCACAGACUGGCGUGCAGUUCUUAGCGGCAGCUACAUGCACUGCAGUUGCGGUCAUGGCGAGUCCAUCCCGUUUCGUCCUGGAGGGGACAGCCUUAAACCUGGCCUGUUGCAACCCAGCUGCCACUUCGCUAAGCCGCUUCACAUGGUACAGUACCAAAGGUGCCAGGUUGGAAGGUGCUGGACCGGUGUGGAAGACCCGCAAAGUUACAACGGCUCAUUCUGGCAGCUACUACUGCCAAAUGCAGACUGGAGACGAAAAGCAACGCUCAAAUGUUCUGGAAAUCGAUGUGCAGUACUCGCCUAGAAACAUAAUCCUCUCCACCUGGAGAGCGGAGAAGGAUCAUCGUGUGACUCUGACCUGCAGCAGUGAGGCCAACCCACUGGUCCUCACCUACUUUUGGUACCAGGGUGCAGCAUGUCUCCCAGCAGCAGACGUAAGCUUUUAUCGAGGAAGAUCCACCCAGGCUACAUUGACAGGAAGAGUCCCAAAACUCACCAGUGCCAACAUCACCACGGAGGACGAUGGGGAGCACUGCUGUGUGGCACGCAACAAACACGGCUUUCAGAAAGCCAGCUUGAUUCUGCCCAGCUUCGAAGUGGCCGACUCUCCAGAAAGGACAAUUUUGGUGACUGGAUUAACUAUUGGGGUCGUGCUGGCUAGUGCUGCGUUAGCUGCCUUUUUUAUGAUAAGGAAAAAGAAGAAAGCCAGAAGACAGCCAGACAGUGUCGCAGACACUGUCACAGUUGUCCUCACUGUUGUCCUCACUGGGACAACUGUGACAGAGUGAAGGAACUGCUUUGAUUAUGUGUGCCAACACACACGUUGGGUAACACAAUGUUGAGACCUAAUGGAUGCAUGAGAUGUUGGAUCAUCCUGCCCUGUAAACCCCCCAUAUUCAUAAAGUUACACAAUGCAACCUAUUUUGGGAUUUUUGAAACAAAAAAGGACCAGAGUUUCCUAACCCUGGUCCCCAAAGCGCGCUGCCCGGCUUGUUUUAGAAGUGUCUCUGCUUUUACACACCUGAUUCAGAUCAUUACUGUUCAGCAACAGCCCUUUAAAUCAGGGGUGUCCAAAGUGGGACCCACUUUGGACACCCCUGCUCUAAAUGACGUUCCCUCUACGGAGGGCUGAAAGGGCCACAAUUCCACCCAAAAAAAUAAAAUAGUAAAUACAAUUGGGAGAUUAAAUGAAAGCUAAAGAUAGAUAUUAUAUUGAACAAAUAUACAUAUUUUACCCAGUCCAAGUGUUAUCCCUUCCCAGACUUUACAUAAACCAGGUGACUGUAAAUAAUUAAGUGGUCCUUUUAAUUAUUAAAUAACUUGUCCUGACCUGGUAUUUAUCUGUAUAUUUUAAAGGUCUAGAUGAGUUAUUAGAAGUACUUAGAUGUGGAAAUCUAAUUUCAUUUUGAAAAUAACUAUGCAGCAUAUUAAUUUAUAUGGGUUGUUUUUUGUAUAUCCAUAUAUAUAUUUUUUACAUGAAUAGAUAUUUCUUUUACAAUUUUUUUAUGUUUUGCAUUUAGGCUGAUUUGGCCCAUCAUAAAUGAAUACUUGAAGGUGCAAAUUGUUUGUCUCUGGGAUUACUGCUGUUGAUAUUUGAGCUCAACAUGCCAAAUAUCAACAUGGCAUGGCAUGUGUGCCUAAUUGUACUUGUAGCAAAUUCAUUUAUGAUGUCUUUUAAGUCUAGUUUCUUGGGACGUUGACUUUCUGUGGGAAGAAGAGUUAAUUUUACUGAUGUAUGCAUUACUUCUUUCUUUACUUCCUAGCAAUUUCUUGCCCAUGAUCAAGUCUAAUCAUGAACCUUUUAUAAAAAAUAUUUGUCGUAGUAUCCUUCAAACCUUUUCUGUGCACCACAUUUAAAUGAACCUAGCAUUUUAAACGUUACUUCAUGGCUCAAUACAUUAAAAGUCAAAAGUUGUCAGUUAUUUUUGUGUUGUUAGCGCAGUGCUCUUGAUUAGUUCAAAAGAUAUUUAGGAAAACCUAAAUAUUUCAUAAACAGACCUAAAUUGAAAUGAUUUGUUGUAAAAUGAUGUCGGCUUGGACCAGUUGUAUAUCUGGUUUCGUUACUUUGAACUGCUAGCUCCUUGGAAACUGAAUAAUUUCUGUGUUUCACUAUAUGGGCGCUAAUCUUUUUUUUUGUCAGUGGAUAGCUUAUAAGAAAACAGUAAACACAUUUGUUGUAUUUA